AGCCCGACGACGAGCAUGUUUGGCUUUAGCGUGGAUAAGCUCAAGCCGAACCUCAAGAUGGCGGUCGGCCGCAUUGGCAUCAUCAAGAACAAGAAGGCGAACGCAGCCAAGGUGCUCCGCAAGGAGGUCGCCAAGCUCCUCGCCGAGGGCAAGGAAGAGAAGGCCCGCAUCCGCGUCGAAGGGCUCAUCCGCGAAGACUUUGUCGUCGAGGCCUACGAGAUUCUCGAGCUGCUGUGCGAACUCGUCGCCGAGCGUGCAGCCCUCAUCAAGGCCGAGCGCGCCUGCCCCUACGACAUGCGCGAAGCCGUGUACACGUUGAUUUGGGCUGCGAACCGCACGGAGAUUCCAGAGCUCAACGAGGUCAAGAGCCAGCUAACCAAGAAAUAUGGCCAAGACUUUGCCGCCGCCGCCUUGCGCAACGUCGAUGGCUGCGUUAACGAACGCGUGAUCCACAAGCUUAGCGUGCAGCCGCCCAACUCGUUCCUCGUCAUCAACUACUUGAAGGAGAUCGCCAAGCAGCAUAAUGUCAACUGGGUGCCCAUCGAGAUGCCGGCCAUGGACCCGCUGGCGCCGAUGAUUGCGCCCACGGGCGCCACGGUCGGCCAAGCACCCGUCUCUGGCCCUAAUUACGCGGCGGUGUAUGCGACGGCACCACCCGCCGGGAAGCUCCCGUCUGCCUUUCCCAGCGUGCCGUCCGCCGUGCCGACGACGAUGCCAGCCGCAGCCCCCGCGGGCGCAACGGUGGCCCCGCCCUCGGUGACAUUGAAUACGGUGCAGCAGGCGCCGGCGGCUGGCGGCGAUACCGACGGUGGCGCCCUUGACUUUGACAUCCUCGCAGAUCGCUUUGCCAAGCUCCGGAACCGCACGUAAUCUCUGAAAGAAGGGUAUUUUCUGGGU